AUGGCAGGAGUAGCGGCCCGGUGGCGGCGGUUGGUGGUGCUGCGGCAGCCCGUAGGGGCCGGCCAGGUAGAGGCGGAUCCCCUGGACCGCGGUGGCGAGAUCGCGGAGUGCGCCGGUGACUUCCUCCGGGGUGAAGACAGCGGCAACCGGGGCGGCGGAGGCAAAGUGAGGGAUGCCCUGAAGAAACAAGAGCUUGACUUGGCUGAGAUGCAAAAAACUGCUUUAGAGAAGACCAGGCUUGCGGAUGAGAAGCUGGCUUCAGUGACUAAGCUUGAAGAAGAAAACACCAAUCUAAAAGCUGCUCUUGAUGCUGCCAACCAGGAGGUCAGUCGACUGAAAAGCGACAAGACCACCCUGAAUGACAAGGCUAGUGAGUUGAAGAGAAACAAGAAUGAUCUAGAGGCUUAUCUGGGUGGACUCGCCAAGAAGUUGUUCCUCAUGCUUGAAGAAUUUUUUCAGAACUUUGAAGAGGAGACUGGUCGACUGGAAGUAAACCUGGGCCCCAUCAACUCUCCCCUGAAAGAUGAAGUCACCAUGAAUCCUGUAGGUUAUCAAGAGGGUAUGGUAGGAACUGUCAGACCCAAGGAGGAUCUGAAGAACUGGAUCCAGAGGAACUAG